AUGCUCGCGGCGGACGUGGAGCCGCCCGCUGAGGAACCACCGCCGUACGAAGCGGCAACAAGAUCGUCGAUUUCGUCCGUUCCACCAUUACCAGAUCGACCAGCCGCUAGUCCGAUUCGUUAUUCGGAUAAUCCGCAAUCAUCACGUCCACAACGAUACUCACAUAACCCUCCGUCAAACUCCCCAACCGAGAAAGGACGACCACAACCGCAUGCGCAAGCACCACCUGGUCCUCCCCCACCUCCAAGACCAGAACCCGAACGACAUCCGUUCGGAUACCGCUACCCACCAGGAUACUGGUGUCCAAAAUGCCACAACACAGGCAUAAAACUCCGUAACGGGAAGAAAUGUGGAACCUGUGAACGACAGUUUCAUCCGUCCCUCUUCGCGCCGCCAAGACCUGCGCCGAUGAUUCAGCCUGUUGCGGCUGUAGGUGGUGGAUUCUUCUCGUCGCCGAUGGGGAUGAUGCCGCUUGGACCGCCGGGCAUUGUGGUUAGGCCGGGUGAUCCGAGGAUUGGGGGGAUGUUGUGUGGGUAUUGUGGAGGGGAUGGGAGGAUUACGGGGUUUAUGUUUAUGGAUGAGACGUGUCCGAGGUGUAGAGGUACUGGUAGGAUUUUUUGA